GUCAGUCUCUGAUCGGGGGUGGAGCCUCCCCUCCCGGAGGGGCGGGGCGCAGUGAGACGCGUUGUUGGAACCUCGGAAGCAGGAGCUUCCUUGCUGAGCUCGGUUCCCGGACCAUGGGGGCUCCCGGGGGGAAGAUCAACCGGCCGCGGACGGAGCUGAAAAAGAAACUGUUCAAGCGGCGCCGGGUGCUGAGUCGGGAGCGGCGGCGGCGGCACCGGGUGGUCGGGGCGGUGGUGGACGAGGGGCUCAUUACUCGUCAUCAUCUCAAGAAGCGGGCGUCCAGUGCCCGGGCCAACAUCACCCUGUCUGGGAAGAAGCGCAGGAAACUUUUGCAACAGAUCAGGCAUGCCCAGAAGGAGAAGGCUGCCAUGGAGGUGGAAGCCCCCCCGAAGCCAGGCAGGACCACUGAGGCACAGCCUAGACGGCAGAAGAAAAGGAAGCCUGGAGUUAUCCAGGAUGUGGAGAUGGAAGACCUAGAACCCGACAGCUGAGCCCAGGCAACCUCAGAAGAGGCCACCCCUUCAGAUAGGAUAAGGAGGCAGAGCCCCAUACCAAUAGGCUGCUGCUGCUUUAUUUUUUAAAAUGUUUGGAGGCAGUUGGGGUUAGCUGACUUGCCCAGGGUCACAUGUCUAGUGAGUGUCUCGGGCCAAAUAUAAACUUAGGUCCUCCUGAUUCCAGGGCUGGUGCUCUGUGUCUCCUAGGUGCCCCCCUCCCACCAUAGGCUUCUAAAGAUACCCAACCUUUCCUUCCCCAAGGCGCCCCCCCCACCCCAUGCCUCUGAUCUCCAAUUCCCUUUGCUGGGGGAGGGGAGUGUCAGAUACUGUUUCUUCUGUUUCCCAGGGAGGAAAGAAGGGAGGCCAGUGGCUCAGUAGUGAUAAGAAUUUGUAAUAAAGUCAUUUGAAUUCUG